CGUCAAUUCAAUGUUACAGCUGACACCUAAUUUUACGUGUUUCUGCAGCCAAGACUCGCAGCUAACAGAACUAGCGUUUCCACAUCAGAAAGCAGGAAUAGUUCGGCAUCGAUAACCUCAAAUUUUAGAGACAUGACUGACAGACUGCCUAUUUUGAUAUUGAUGUGGUUGUGCAGCGUCCAUGUUACUGGAUGAGUGACUCGAUCCUUCUAAUCCUUCUGGGGUCAACACCCCGAACUAUCAUCGAGGGCCCGACAAUGUCGAGAUAUAAAUUCAUACCGUGAUCUCCAGUCAAACUACUUCUUCAAGAGAAUCAAGCCAGCUUAGUCUUCUCCUAACAGUACUUUUCUCCGAUCAUACUUAUUCCUUGCUUCGAUCCACGUUCAACAAGCCAUCACCAUGCAUUUCUCUAUCCCAGCCGUGAUAAUGGCCCUCGCUGUCGGCUCUGCCGUUGCCAAUGAACAAAUGCAACUCAACUACUACAACGACGGUGGCUGCUCUGACUACAGCACCCAGGUCGACGUGACAUGGGCGACAAAAUUCGUCUCGGGCAAAUACAACUCUCCGCCCAGUUGCUACAACUAUCAGUACGGCAAUAGUGUUAACGUUGCCAACUGCCACGAAAGUCACUGCUGGUGUGACUUUUAUGAAGGGGAUGACUGCACGGGCUAUUCCCAGCGUUCGAUUUAUGAAAAUGGCGGUAGCAACUGUGCAACCGCUUCGAACAGGAAGUCGUUCCAGUGCUGGUACACUUAGGGAGUGAGCAGUUAGAGAAGAAAUUUGGUAGGG